GCGCUGCAGACCGUCACCGCGCUGGCGCAGGAGGGCGAAGCUGAAAAGGCGGCAGAUCUGCUUCGCAAGGAGUGCCGUGAGGCUCCAGCCUCUUCGCUAGCCACUGCUCGACAUGCUGUCGUGGAGGCAUACAUUCGCAAGGACCGAGUGGAGGAUGCUUACGUCUUUGCCCUCGAGGCCCUUCAUGAGCCCGCCGGCUGGGAGCAGAUUCUCCCCAGCUCCCUCGAGACCGUUCUCCGAUCCUUGCUGCAGUCGCAGCUCCAUGGCGCUGCAGUGAAGCUGCUCGAAGGCAUGUGCCAACCAGGAGCGCCAGCACCGGGCGACCAGAUCUUCAAUAU